AUGUUUCAACAAUACUUUGAUACAAACAAAUUCGUGCAGAAACUGGAAAUGGAAGGGUUCUCACGUCAACAGGGAGAAGCCAUAAUGGAUUCCUUGGCUGAAGUUAUGAAUGAAAGCAUGCAAACAAUCGUAAAGAAUAUGGUCACAAAAGCAGAACAGGAGAAAACCGUCUAUGCAUAUAAAGUGGAUUUUGCACAACUAAAAUCAGAACUUCAGAUGCUCGAAAAGAAUGAUUUUGCCAUGAUGAAAGCCAAUAAUGAACAAUUAGUAGCAGAAGUCGAAAGACUAAAGCAGAAAUUAAACGAAGAAGUAAGACGUACUCAGGCUGGUGUAAGAUUGGACUUGAAUUUAGAAAAAGGUAGGAUUAGGGACGAAUCCAGUGCUAUCGAGCUAAAGAUCCAGGAAACGGAUACACGUCUCGAGGGAGAAAUCAGCAAUUUGCGCACACAGAUGGAAACCAUAAAAUUUCAGUUGUUGCAGUACAUGCUCGGUACAUUAACAGGCGCUGGCGCAUUGAUUCUCGCGUACAUGCGCAUGUUCCGAUAG